GGGCCUCAGGGGGCGGGGCCUAAGGCGGCAGACAUCGAGGAGUUAACGUCAGCAGGUCACAAAGCGCUGCAGGACGGACGCACUGAGCGCGCUCUGAGCUGCUUCCACGCCGCGCUGGACGCUGCAGCACAGCUGCAGGACUCCCGGGUACGGCGAGCCUGCCUCUUUAACCUCGGCGCCGCCUAUGUGGCGGCGGGCCGGCCUCAGGAGGGGCAGGACUUCCUGCGGCGAGCUCAGCCGGGUCCGAAGGCCGACCGGCUCCCGGACCUGCAAUUCAACCUGGCGCUGGCCCACGAUGCACUGGGGCGGAGCCAGGAGGCCGCCACCCACUUCCUGCGGGCAGCGCAGCUGUACCGGUCGCAGGGAGACGGCGGCGGCGAGGGAGACGCCUGCAGUGCCAUGAGCCACUGCUACAGCAGAGACCAGGACUGGACUCUGGCGGUUCAGGGUUUUCUGAGGGCUGCAGAGAGCUACAAGGUGGCGGCCAUGUUGGAUUCUGCAGCCGACGCCCUCAAAGAGGCAGGAAGUCACAUGACCCAGUCGGAUCAGUUCAAGCGUGAUGACAUCAUCGGCGUGCUGACAGAGUGCCUUAGUUUGACAGAAAGCAUCACGGAGCCGAGGAUUCUGGGUGAGCUGUACCUGUCGGUGGGCGUGUCUUACUGCCGGCUCAGGUGUUUCCAGGAGGCGGUGCAGUGUUUCCAGGUGGCUCUGGGCCCUGCAGCCCAGCAGCCCCCCCUGCUGGCCCGAGUCCUGCACAACCUGGGAGCUGCCCUCAACGCUGUGGGCCAGUUCACACCUGCUGUAGGCUACCACCGACAGGCCGCCGCCCUCUACGGCUCUCUGGGUUGCCGUGGGGACCAGGCGAGGUGUUUCAGUAACCUGGCGGUGGCGUGCUCUGGGCUGGGAGACGACGAGGACGCAGCAGAGAGUCUCCUUCACGCUCUGCAGGGCUUCAGAGACACACAGGACCACCUGGCCCAGGUGCAGGUGUGUGAGUCGUUGGCAGAGUGUUACCUGAAGCAGAAGAAGCACCAGAAAGCUGUCUCACUGUAUAAACAGGCCCUAACGGCCCUGUCUCACUGCCAGGUGAGUUCUGCUGCUGUUGGAGAUCGUCUGGUGGAGCGUCUGACUGCAGCUCUGCAGCGCUCCUUUUUUCAGAGGCCACGCCCACUCAGGCCACGCCCCCAUACUCCGCCUCCUCACAGGAACAGUGACAUCACAGACAGAGCAUCCAAUCAGCAGCCAGAUGGUCAGAGGGGGGAGGGGCAAGUCUCACCUGUCCCAGGUGAGCUGUGGUCGGACACAGAGAACAGUGAAACCUCAUUGGUCCAGGAGGCAGAGGCCCCGCCCUCCCCCCCUGCUGACAUCAGAGAGGCCACGCCCCCCGCCGCCAGGUGGAGGUCUCGGUUCUGCUCCCUGAUGUAGACUCACCUGAUGUAGACUCACCUGAGUCAGCAAAAACUGCUGCUCUCACCACAUAAAUACUGUAGAAUACCGUAAAAAAACUAUAAAAAACUA